AUGGAGCCAGAAAAACCAUUUGCGUGUACUCUGCCGGACUGUGGCAUGACUUUUACCAAUGAGGAUCACCUCCACGUACACACGAAGAAACACGACAUGGUGUUACAACUGGGAAUGGAACAGAAGGUGGCGUUUGUUGCGGAUCAAACUCCGACACCCACGAGAUUCAUUAGGAACUGUGAAGAAGUGGGCUUGUUCCAGGAUCUACAGAAUGUUAAUCCAUUUGACGAGGGCUUCAAGAGAGCUAUGGAGACUAAACAUUCCUUGUCGUUGGAGACGAGUGCCAUGGAUGAUGUUCUUCACACGCCUCACCUGGUGCUGCCGCUGGAGGCCGGGGACUGCGCCCUCUACACCAACAACCAGAGAAACAUCACUAUCAGUCGAUCGUCAAGUGACGAGUCCGGAGCUGUUAAAGAAUACGAAACAACAACUAUAUCAAAACUAACAAACGAGGUGACUACUAUCAGUAGAGUUGUAGGAAAAGAUGUGCUGGAUAGAGUGACGACCACUGAUGACGUCAUCGUGAGACACGAAGAGACCGCGAGGAAAGACGGGUUCAACGAAACAUCGGUCUCAUACACCAACAACGUGAUAAAAAUACACAGCAACGUAGAGAUAAGGAAAGACGGACACAUAGACAAGAUACAUGAACCAAAAGACGGAAAGAACGAGAAGAUACCGCCGAUCAUGAGUCAGAAGUCAUUGGACUUUGUUGUGGACAGUUUAAACACAGAAGACAAGAAUAUGAAACGGACCAAAAAAGACAAAGACAUAGAAGAUUACGAAGUUAUAAUAAAACUGCCAAACGGAAAACAUGUGAGAAUGAAAACGGUAGAAGAAUGCGAACAGAAUGCAAAGGAGAAGUUGAAUAACGUGAUAAGGAACAGAGCUAAAACACCAAAUGUUGUUCCUUUGACUACAGGAACACUGAUACCUGUUACUAUAGUGAGUCCACCGCUCACACACAACCAAAUACCGAAGAUACCGAUAGCACCCAUCAGUAGUGUGAAGACGAACUACAAGAGAGUUAAGAGAAGAGUGAGUGAGAAGGAAGAUGCGAGGAGCGAGAGGGACGAUAAGAUAAAACAAGGACUUGAGAGUAGAAGCGCCGCCUCCAGGAGAUAUAGAGAGAGAUUAAAACAGAGUAUGCAUCAGCAGAGCGUAGAGAUGCAGCAGUUGAGAGAGAGCAACUCGCGACUUGCGGCAGAGCGAGCUGUGCUGCAACACGCGCUGCUGCAACACCUGCGGACCUGCCCCGUGGGACACGACCUGAGGAACGUGCAGGAGAAGCUGCAGAACGCCAGCCAGUUCAUAAAGGAUAUCAAUAAUGGAUAA